AUGGAAAAUUCAAGGAGGAAAAGGAUUUCUAAAGGACUAAGGAAAAGAAUCAGAAACUGGUCUUCAUUUUUCAACCAUGGACCAAGAACCUACACUUCCACUUUAGAUGAAAUCAGACAACCACCUUCCACUUUGGAAGGGAUAACCCCAUGCAAUCCUUUGACUCUCGGUCGAGCAACUUUUGCAGCAACAUCAGACAUAAAAACAACAGAAACUACAUAUUUGAAUAAGAAAUUUUCAGCAAGGAACCCAUCUUCAACCCAAAUUUCAAUAGAAAGAGGAGCACAAGUCCCAAUUAAUUGCAAAGUAUGUAAAGAAGAUCUUAAUGUACAAUAUCAAUGUAAGAACUGUUUUAUAGCACUUUGUUAUACAUGUUGUAAGAAACAUAUGUCUAAGAGCAGCUACCAAGAUCACCGAGUCAUCAAUGUUAAUAAUGGUUCAACAAUUCUAAAGCCUAUAAAAUGUCAAGUGAAAACUCACAAGAAAGAUGACAUUUCAAUAUUUUGUCAGAGUUGUGAUAAGUUCAUGUGUUUAAAAUGUCUCACGGAAUGCAAUCACCAGACUACUUCACUUAAGGAACUUGAAACACUUUAUUCAGAGGAUAUAGAUUUGCUAAAUAAAUAUCAUAAAAUAAUGGAUGAGGAUUAUAAAAAUAAAUUCAUGGGAGAAAUAGCAAAACUACAGACUUCGCUAAGGCAGCAUGAAGAGUUUUAUGAAAAAGAAAAGAAGAAAAUAAUUCAUCAUGAUAAAGUAUUGAAGGAGGAAAUUACAAAACAUACAAACAAACUUUUGGCAGAACUUGACAUGGAGUUAAAAAAGACAAAAGCCGAUCUGGAGAAUCAGUCACUUGAUACAGAAAGGAACAUUUGUAAGCUAGUGGAGAAAAUUUCAUCAAUCACCAAUGAAACAAGUAAUUCUGAUAUCAUGUGCAUUCAUGAAGUUAAAAAAGAAAUUGAAGAAUAUUUACUUAAUGUUAAACUUUCAAAUGUUAGUUUACCAUUUAAGGUAAAAACAUUUUUAGUAGCUGACUUUCAGGAGAAUAGUGUUGAAAACUUUUAUGGAAUAUUACAAAAUUCUGUAAUUGAUAUGGAAAUUGUAAUCAGAACAUACAACACUAAUCUCAAGUCAAUUACUUCAUUAUUAACCACAGACUAUGCCAUUUGUUUAGGAAGCAAAGAAGAUUCUCUUAUAAGGAAUGUCAAAAUGGCUCAUGGCCAUGGCCAGCUGGAAACAUUACAAGAAAUAAAAGACGUAAAAAUCGAACAUUUAUUCUUAUCAAAUAAAGGGAACAUUCUUGUGUCUCUUCAUAAUGACCCAUGUAUUAAAAUGCUCACAAAAUCAGGUCAAAUGAAUAAGUUUUAUGAAUUUAGUCCAACUGACUGGUUCGGAAAUCCUCAAGUGCCACUCUGUUUUCAUAUUCUACAAGAAGGUAAGAGAAUAAUAGGAACCAAAGAAAUAAAUGGAGAAUUAUUUCCGUUGUCACAAACAAGUUGCAGACAAAUGUUGGUACAAUCAUCUGACGGUAAACAAUUAAAUUGCUAUGAACGUGAUAAAAAAGGUAACCGAUUAUUCACUCUACCAUAUCGGAUAACAUCAAACUCUAAGACUAAAAUAUGUGUAUUGGAUCGAACAGAUGCUAGAGGAGGCAGAAUAGUCACCAUAGAUUCCGAAGGUGUAGUGGAAUGGAUAUAUAAUGGUCAUCCAAAGAAAAGUCAAUUAAAGUUUAAUCCUACAGAUAUUGUGACAACCUUCCGUGAUAAUAUUGUUAUUAGUGACUUGAACAAUGCAAUCCACAUCAUUAAUUAUAAUGGUGAAAUGGUGUCUUUUCUACAAACUAAAACCUUUGGAAUCCUGCUCCCACUGAGUAUAGAUAUUUACUGUAAAGAUGAACUUCUGAUUGGAUGUAAACAUGACCAGGCUAAAUUACAUAUAAUGACAUUUAACGGAUUUUAA